AUGGAGGGUACAGUCAUUAUUACCGGAGCUAAUGGCUCAUUGGCCCUUGGUUUUGUGGAUUCAUUCCUCGCCCGCUAUCCUCAACAUACAUUGAUCGCGACUGUGCGUAAUCCGUCUCCAAAAGACGACCCCAACACAGCCAAGCUCAUGCAAUUAAUUUCGAAACACUCAACCUCCAAAGUCAUCAUCGAAGCACUUGAUCUUGGGAGCCUUGCUGGUGUACGGUCUUUCGCAGACAAGCUCAAUGCUAAGGUAUCCUUGAGAGAGCUCCCACACAUCUCGGCCAUCGUUUGCAACGCGGCCACACUAUCACCCGAGGCCGGACAAAAGUACACAUCAGAUGGUUAUGAAGCAACAUUUCAAGUCAGCCAUCUGUCUCAUUACCUCAUGGUAUUGAAGCUGCUUGGAAGCAUGGACUUUGCGGUUGGACGUAUUGUCAUGCUUGGCUCUAUUGCACACUAUCCGGAGAAGCCAAACCAUCUGUCUUCGCUUAGACCCGGCUUUCCCAAAAAUAUCGAAGAUCUCAUCAAGCCAGCUCCGGAUGCUUUGUCACUGGUCCACGAUAAAGGAUUCCAGAGAUACGGCACCGCAAAGCUCGCAAACGUGACAUUUGCGGAAGAUCUAAAUGAACGACUUCGCAUGGAUCCUAAGCUAUCAAAGAUGACCGCCCUGGCGAUGGAUCCUGGAGGUCUCCCUGCGUCGAGAGCUCAAGCGAUCCAAAAAUCGUCCACUCGAAAGCUUUUUGCCGUAAUCAACAUUCUCAUGCCGAUUCUGAAACACCUGACCUCCAUGUUCCGCACAACGGAAGAUGCAGGCCGAGAUCUCGUCGCUGUCAGCAUGGAUCCGGCUUUUCAAGGAAAAGGGGGCUAUUACGUUGGCCAAAAUCAGGAUGCUCCUGCGGCUAUCAGUAAGGAUAAAAAGGAGCAGGAGAGGUUGUGGGCAGCAUGUUGGAGAUGGGCUGGUCUCAAAGCCGAGGAGACAGUGCUUCAGAAUGCCACUCUUUGA